UGCACUCGUCAGUGAAGUAGCAGACGUCGAUGUUCGUGCUCAGUGUAUGAGAAAUUUAAUUUACAAUUCAUUCGAUAUAAUUAAAAAUUAUCGGUUUUUAAUGUAACUGUAAUGUGAUACACUGAAUCAAUAAUAUUGUUUUAAUUCUCUGGAUGUCUCGUCUCGUUGAUUAGGUCACGGUAUUUUUGGUGUUUUGUUGAUUUAGAGGCUUUUUGGUGAAUGUGUUGCUGAGGAAAAUGAGAAAUUUGAAUUUUUCGGUGUGAAAAUCGAGAAAGCGUUGUAAACCCGCAUCGGUGAAGCUCGUCUCGCGCAAGUGCACGUGAAUUUGUGAAGUGACUGAACCUUUCGAGAGGGAUAGAAAGUUAAUUUUUGUUUGUGAUAGUGGAUCAGUGACGUUUAGAUUUUUUUAAAAAUUAUUUUAAGCGUUGGAACCGGGCGGUUUACUCCGCUUGUGGGAAAUGGGAUUUAAUUGAGUAUAAAAUAUAAAAGAACAUUGUCUGACGUUUGACAAUCGCUGUGAAUGAUUUUUUAUUCUGUGGCUUUACACUGGACUCGUUAAUAAAGGAUCGGCCAGAAAUGUCAGUUGCAUCGACCAACUACUGGUUACAACAACAUUCAACUAAAAAUGACGAACUCAUUAGAAAUAGUUCACCUUCGUGCUUGUCAUCGUCUAGUCAAGUUCAAGUGCGCCCUGAUAAAAAGUGCGAAUUGAAUGUUCCUCUAGACUGUAAUUUUACAUCGCAUAUUACGUCCAGUAUUAUGACUAUUGAUAACAGUGAUAAUGGAAGUGGUGUGGAUAUUUUGGAGGAAUGUAGAGAACCUGCAACGAAAACAGCGCGAAGGUUCAGGUGGUUCGGCCGGUUCGGUCAACCCGUUAUGAGAAAGCCAGGGGUUUUAGAAAUGGCUGCUACCGAAAGCACGAUCAGAUUUAGUGGUCACACACUGGACAAAGCCACGAAGGCCAAGGUAACACUCGAGAAUUACUACAGUAAUUUGAUAGCUCAGCACAUUGAGCGUAAGCAGAGGCUAGCCAAACUCGAGGAGUCACUGAAGGAUGAGGGUCUCUCUGAACAGCAGAAACAGGAGAAGAGGCUUCAACAUGCUCAGAAGGAGACGGAGUUUUUGCGUUUGAAGCGCUCCAGGUUGGGGGUUGAAGACUUUGAACCACUUAAAGUCAUAGGUCGUGGCGCCUUCGGCGAGGUGAGAUUAGUACAAAAGAAAGACACAGGUCAUGUAUAUGCGAUGAAAAUAUUACGAAAGGCGGAUAUGCUUGAAAAGGAGCAAGUGGCUCAUGUAAGAGCAGAGAGAGAUGUACUAGUCGAGGCCGAUCAUCAGUGGGUUGUGAAAAUGUACUACAGCUUCCAAGAUCCCAUUAAUCUAUAUCUCAUCAUGGAAUUUUUGCCCGGAGGGGAUAUGAUGACACUCCUGAUGAAGAAAGAUACACUUUCAGAGGAGUGUACUCAAUUUUAUAUAUCAGAGACGGCAUUGGCUAUAGACUCGAUACACAAGCUGGGUUUUAUACACAGGGAUAUUAAACCUGACAAUCUGUUACUCGAUGCACGAGGCCACAUAAAGCUAUCUGAUUUCGGCUUAUGCACUGGCCUAAAAAAGUCACACAGAACGGAUUUUUACCGGGAUCUCAGUCAAGCUAAACCAUCGGACUUUAUGACCUCUUGUGGUAGUGGAAGUGGCAGUGCAAUGGAUAGUAAAAGAAGGGCUGAAAGUUGGAAGAGAAAUCGAAGAGCUUUGGCGUACAGUACAGUAGGUACACCUGAUUACAUCGCGCCUGAAGUCUUCCUACAGACUGGUUAUGGUCCAGCUUGUGAUUGUUGGUCCCUGGGUGUCAUCAUGUAUGAAAUGUUAAUAGGUUAUCCUCCAUUCUGUAGUGAGAAUCCUCAAGAGACAUACAGGAAGGUGAUGAAUUGGCGAGAAACUCUGAUUUUUCCACCGGAAGUGCCCAUAAGUGAGGAGGCCAAAGACACAAUUAUUAAAUUCUGUUGUGAAGCUGAUAGAAGACUAGGAUCUCAAAGAGGUAUAGAGGAAUUAAAACUUGCGCCUUUCUUCCGUGGAGUUGACUGGGAGCACAUACGAGAGAGGCCAGCAGCGAUUCCCGUUGCAGUGAGAUCCAUCGAUGAUACGUCCAACUUUGAUGAUUUCCCCGAUGUCAAACUUGAAAUACCAUCAGCACCAUUGCCUCAAGACGGAGAAGUUACAUACAAGGACUGGGUAUUCAUAAACUACACGUUCAAGCGUUUUGAGGGAUUAACACAACGAGGCACACCAACGAAAAAAUAGCAACACAUGUUCAAUAGCAAUUCAUGUUCGACAAUGAAUCAUCAAAGUUACGAUAUAGAUAUUCCGGCCCAGGUACAUCAGCAAACAUUAAUGUUUGUACCCACGAGUCUGCCCAAAGUUGGAUAACUGAUAAGAAAAGGAGAUGAAAAUAUAAAAUAGUAAAUAUGGAAUCAUUUUUGGUUGCAAAAUAAUUCGUGAAAACUUUCAAGAAUUGAUAUAAGUCCAUGAAAUUUUUGAGUCUAAAAUCAUGAAUAAUCAUAUUUGAUCGUUUGCUCGAUGAAAAAAUUCUAUUGAAAAACCUAGUGAAUUCGUAAAAAAAAUUCUAUUGAAUUUUCUCAGUUAAAAUUAAUCAACUUUUUUGCUUUCUUUUUCGAUAAAUAAAGAAACCAAAUUUUAAUGCAAAAAAUCAAGAGAGAAACUUAUACAUAAAAAUCAGGAUUGACUUUUGUACAUGGAAAUAGGGUUAAAAGACUUUAUUAAACGAAACGAGAAAUCGAAACCGAAAGGGAAUCGAAAUGAAGAAAUGGCAUCAGAAAAAGAAUGAUACGAUCAAUCAAAACCCAAAAAGCUCUAAAUGAUUAAAUAAAAUCGGGGAGACCUAAUUAUUCGUUACACUAUUAAUUAUUGUUAGUUGAACGUGGGAAAAAUGUCCAAAAACAUACAAAAAAUUCAGCAGGUUUCUAAUGAAUUUGUUAGGUUUUUCUACUAAAUUUUUUCGUGCAUCUCUCUUUCUCUCCCCUUCCUCUCUCUCUUCCUUUUUUCAAUCACGGUUCGUUACAUUGCAAGAGAGUAAAAUUAUGUCAAAGAAAAUGAAAAAAAAAGAUUGAUUAUUAUCAAAGAUGCGCGCUGUGAUAAAUCCAUGUUUUUUCAGAAGCAUUAAGAGUACUGAAAGUUAUUUGCAGACGAUAAAAUAAAGAUAUUUAAAGGAACGAAGUUUUUGUCUGCAGGGUUUCGGGUAAAUGAUGAGGUGCCCGAAAAGAUUUCUAAUAGGCGCUAAAUAUGUUGAACAGUUUCCAUACGUCUUGAGGAAAUGAAAUAAAAUAGUUGAAUAAUUGAGAGGAAACAGCUUCUACGUAAAUCUCAUUUUCCAAUUUCUAACAGUCACGAUAAUUCGCUCCUUAUGUUCGUAAAUUAAAUCAUUGUUCUUUAAAAAAUCAUCAGUGGGUGUAAUUAUCAAUUUAGAUUAUUCGUGACAUUAUACAUAAGCCCGAUAUGUGAACCUAAGAAAUAAUAAUAGAAUAGAAGAAAAAAAAUGUAAAAAAUAUCAUGAAAUAAGAGCAAAAUGAAUAAAUGGAGUAAAAAAAAGAAAUCAACGAUCACUUACAUGUAUUUAUGUAUAUUGAAAUACAUUAUGUGUACAUUUAUGUGUAUCAAAGUA